GAGAUUCGGCCCACUUGGUCGAGCUGUCGCUGAGUUGCAGACAUCCAUUUCCGGGGGAAAAUCUUCAGCCGCCUCAAUGCUCCGGGACCUCUCCCCUCCGUUGAAAUCCAUGCAAAAUAGAUCAGCAGAUAUGGGGAGCAGCCAGCCCCUGUCCAUCGCCGAUGGCGGCAAGAGGAAGAAGAAGAAACGUCGAACCCGGCCCGCUGACGCCUGUCCCGGAAAGUUUGAAGAUUUAUAUAAACUGACCUCGGAGCUGCUGGGGGAAGGAGCCCAUGCCAGGGUUCAAGGAGCCGUGAGCCUCCACAACGGCAGGGAAUACGCGGUCAAGAUCAUUGAGAAACAAGCCGGGCACAGUCGGAGCCGGGUGUUCCGAGAGGUGGAAACAUUGUACCAGUGCCAGGGCAACAAGAACAUUUUGGAGUUAAUAGAAUUCUUUGAAGACGACUCGCGGUUUUACCUCGUCUUUGAGAAAUUGCAAGGAGGCUCCAUUUUGGCCCAUAUUCAGAAGCGAAAGCACUUCAAUGAGCGGGAAGCCAGCAGGGUGGUCAGAGACGUUGCUUCUGCUUUAAACUUUCUACACACGAAAGGCAUUGCUCACCGGGACCUGAAGCCAGAAAACAUAUUGUGCGAAUCUCCAGAGAAGGUGUCCCCGGUGAAAAUCUGUGACUUCGAUCUAGGCAGUGGCGUGAAACUGAAUAAUGCCUGCACCCCUAUAACCACCCCUGAGUUAACCACGCCGUGCGGCUCGGCGGAGUACAUGGCCCCCGAGGUGGUGGAGGUCUUCACGGAGGAGGCCACCUUCUACGACAAGCGCUGCGACCUGUGGAGCCUAGGUGUCAUCCUGUACAUCAUGCUCAGCGGCUACCCGCCUUUCGUGGGCAACUGCGGCGCCGACUGCGGCUGGGACCGGGGGGAGGUCUGCAGGGUGUGCCAGAACCAGCUGUUUGAGAGCAUCCAGGAGGGCAAGUACGAGUUUCCGGACAAAGAUUGGGCACACAUCUCCCAGGAGGCCAAGGACCUCAUCUCCCGGCUACUCGUCCGAGACGCCAAGCAACGGCUCAGUGCCGCCCAGGUCCUCCUGCACCCCUGGGUCCAGGGGCAGGCUCCUGAACGGGGCUUACCCACCCCCCAAGUUCUCCAAAGGAACAGCAGCACCAAAGACCUGACGUUGUUUGCCGCCGAGGCCAUUGCCCUGAACCGGCAGCUGUCUCAGCAUGAGGAGCAGGAGCAGAGUGAGGAGCAGGACAGCUUCCUUUCAGUGGGGCUCUGCGCCAUGAAGCUCUCCCCGCCCUCCAAGUCCCGGCUAGCCAAACGCCGGGCCCUGGCCCAGGCCAGUCGCAACGAGGGCCCGGGGGCCACUGACCAAGCAGAGCUCUGACCCCGGUCCUGGCUCCGGACAGUGUGAACGGAGAGCGGGCUGGAGGGAGCGUUUCUCUAUUCCCAUCUGGAGCCCAGGCCUGUGAUUUCCCCCCAUCCACCAAGUUGGGCAUCUCCCCUCCCGGAGCGGGGAAGGUGACCAUCUCCCCCUGGGAAUGGUAGCCCACCCACCUGCUAGGGCGUAGUCCCUCCCCUACACACCCUCCUUGCAGAACUGUCACUGAGGUGAGGCUGCUAAUGCGGAGUGGCUACUGGACCCGGGAGAAUGGCCACCCCACCCUCACCUGUCCCCCUCCUCCUCAUACUGUCCACCUCAGGGCUCAGCCCUGUCCGACUCAGGGAGACCGGAGGAGGCUUAGACACUGCCUCACAUCCCGGGGAGAGACCGAUUGACCCCCACUGAACCCCUGGAGGCAUCGAGUAUUUAGCUGGCUGCUUCCAGGUAGGGUGGAGGGGGUCUCCCUCUAAACCUUUUAUCUGAUUGUUGCCGCUGCUGAAGUAAAUUUUUUAAUCCCCCUCUGAAAUCUUGUAGAGCAGAUUUUUUAAAAUUCACACUUCAGAGCUUUUCCACCUCUAAAGUAUUCCCAGCGUAUCGAGAUCCGCGGCUGUCUUCCUGCCGUUCGAGCCGGUUAAGACGUAGCUUGAGGAAACCGGUAGCGGAGAGGCGGUCUCUGGCUCCCGUCCUACGGAGUUCAGAUUCACAGGGGGAAAAACGGGGUUCUGAGCAGGAGCGCCGAGGGGGCGACUCUCUCGUGGAGCCCCCUCACCCCGGCUUUGGAAGAGGGAGUCGUGAAUUUUACCUCAGCCCGUUUAGGGUCCGCCGGUCCAGGCCGACUCGGAGCCCCGGGCCGCCCGGAUGUUCUGGAUCCGCUGACUUCAAAGAGACAAGAUGGAGCCAGAGUGGGCAAGCACACCCUCCCCCAAAACCAUCAGUCCAAGUAAGGGCUGAUGUCUGACUUCUUCCCCAGGCCCCGGGCACUGCUGACCUGUCAGUGACCGAAAGGGCCGGGGGGGUGAGUUCGCCCUCUCAUGCACGUAACGUAUUUAAGACUUUUUUAUACCU